ACUUCACACAGCUGUGGCCUUAUAAUCUCAACCCCAGUGAUUUCUAUAAACACAGCCUAAACCUUUCUCUUCUCUUCAUCCCAACAACUCUUUACUCUUCAAACAACUCUCUGUGUCCUUUAAACUCUUCCUUUGAUCAUUUUCCAACUCAAAAACUCAUAUAUCAUGGGUGUCUUCACAUACGAAACAGAGUUCACCUCUGUCAUCCCACCAGCCAAGUUGUUCAAGGCUGUCAUCCUCGACGCCGACAACCUCAUCCCCAAGCUUGCUCCAACAGCAGUGAAAGGUACCGAGAUCCUUGAAGGAGAUGGAGGAGCUGGAACCAUCAAGAAGGUCACCUUUGGUGAAGGAAGCCAAUAUGGGUAUGUGAAGCACAGGAUCGAUGGGAUUGACAAAGACAACUUUUCAUACAGUUACACUUUGAUUGAAGGAGAUGCCUUGUCUGACGUAAUCGAGAAGAUCGCUUAUGAUAUCAAGUUGGUGGCAUCCCCCAACGGAGGAUCCAUCGUCAAGACCAUCAGCCACUACCAUACCAAGGGAGAUGUUGAGAUCAAGGAAGAGGAAGUUAAGGCUGGCAAAGAGAAGGCUGCCGGUAUCUUCAAGGUUGUUGAAGGCUACCUCUUGGCCAACCCCGACGCCUACAACUAAAUCCAGACUUUUGUUUGUAUUUAUGUUUUUCAAGCUCUGUUAUCAGCUGAAGGUGUGGAUUUGAUGUUGUUGUUUCUGCCUAAAGAGUGAGGUAAAAAAAAAAGGGAAAGAAAAACUGCCCUGGCCUUGGUGUGUUAAAUGUUUGUUGUCCCAUAUAUUCCAGGUGGAUUGGGAUUGUAUUAUUUUCUACAAAAUAAUGAAAAUCAUAUGUUAAUAAAA